GUUGUCUUCAUCGACGUUCCCUCCGCCUUCGAGGCCAGCUCUCGCGCAUUUCCCUUGCAUUCUCCCCGUUCCUCUCUUCACGCACCAUCAUGACCAACGGCACCUCCACUGUCAAUCCUUCCGAAGUCGGCUGGCAAUUCGUCCCCCAGUACUACACUUAUGUCAACAAACAUCCCAAUCGUUUGCAUUGUUUCUACACUAAAGCUUCUACUUUCAUCCACGGCACGGAGGGCGAGGAUGGCAAGCCUUACUACGGUCAACAGGAAAUCCAUGACAAGAUUACCUCGAUCGGUUUCCAAGAUUGCAAGGUUUUCAUACACUCGGUCGAUGCACAGUCUUCCGCGAAUGGUGGCAUCAUCAUCCAGGUGAUCGGUGAAAUGUCCAACCAUGGCGAUCCUUGGCGGAAAUUCGUGCAGACUUUCUUCCUCGCCGAGCAACCCAAUGGCUACUUCGUCCUCAACGAUAUCUUCCGCUUCCUCAAGGAGGAGACUGUUGAAAGUGAUGAGGCCAGCGAAACUGAGGCAGCUCCCGCUCAGCCAUCUGCACAAGAGCACUCGCCCGUUCUCACACCUGUCACUGCUGUCCCAGCACCGCCGACACCUGCACUACCACCACCGGUUGAGCACAAGCCCGAACCCCCCGCAGCACUAACACCACCGCCUCCUGCGAAGCCUGCAGAGGAACCGCCUGCGUCUCCGGUACCUGAGCUCGCGCUUGAGCUUCAUCCGCAGGCCAACGGUCACCAUGCGCUGGAGGAGAAGUCCGAGUCUGUUCCUGCGCCGGUGGAGAAGUCGCCGUCGCCGGCUCCCGAGCCGCCCGCGACUGCCUCACCUCCACCGGUGUCGCCCCCGGCGCCUCAACAUGAGCCACUGCCGACACCUUCCGUACUCCCAGUGCAAGUAUAUCCUUCUGCUCAGCCGCCUGCACCUGCACCUGCUGCUCAACCUGCUGCUCCUCAGCCGCCGCAGAGGAAGACCUGGGCGAACUUGGCUGCGAAGGACUCGAAUAAGUGGGGAGCGGCGGUGGCGAACGAAGUACGGGGUGUGAGUGAAGCCCCUGCGACGGUGACACCUGUGCCUCUUAGCGGGCCUCAAUCACCUGCUCUACAUGUCACCACUCGCCCGGCGCAGCAACACGCACAUCCAGCUCUGAUGGCAGCGCAGAACGUGGCUACGGCUCAAUGCUUCGUCAAAAGCGUGACAGAGAAUAUUCCCGAAGGCGCGCUCAGGAAGACCCUUGUUGAACGUUUCGGACCGAUCAAGGAGCUCGAGAUCCUACGCUCCAAGGCGUGUGCAUUCCUCGAGUUCACCAACCUGGAAGCUGCAAGGCGCGCCAUCGUUGCUUCGCUGCCUCCAUCGGCCGGUGGCGAGGGCGGAGUCCGUAUCGAGGGUGUCGACGGCAACGCAAGGAUCCUUGUGGAGACGCGAAAGGAGCGAGGAGAGCGCCCGCCACCGCGCGGACCCCCGAUGAACGGCGAGCGUGGACGAGGUGGAUACCGUGGCCGCGGCGGAUCUGGCGGACGUGGACGGGGUGGACCGCCUCCGCCAAAGUAGAAACUUUUUAUGGGAAUGUGACAUAUGUUUGUUAGCGGUCGAGAGAAGGGUUGUCCCUGUGCGUCGAGGAGGUUGCUGGGAGUUGGUUGAGAGGAGUGGUGGGCGGCUGACUGACUAGCGGGAGCUGUGCCUGCUGUGUCGGUUGGCAAAAAAAAUCACAGACUGUUUCCUU